AGCUCGAUUGUCGAUGUUUUCACUGAACCAACUGAACCAACAACUGAACCAACAACCGAACCAACAACUGAACCAACAACUGAAACAACAACUGAACCAACAACUGAACCAACAACCGAACCAACAACUGAACGAACAACUGAACCAGCAACCGAAUCAACAACUGAACCAACAACUGAAACAACAACCGAACCAACAACUGAACUAACAAUCGAACCAACAACUGAAGCAACAACCGAACCAACAACUGAAACAACAACUGAACCAACAACUGAACCAACAACUGAACCAACAACUGAACCAACAACCGAACCAACAACUGAACCAACAACUGAACCAACAACUGAACCAACAACCGAACCAACAACUGAACCAACAACUGAAACAACAACUGAACCAACAACUGAACCAACAACCGAACCAACAACUGAACGAACAACUGAACCAGCAACCGAACCAACAACUGAACCAACAACUGAAACAACAACCGAACCAACAACUGAACUAACAACCGAACCAACAACUGAACCAACAACCGAACCAACAACUGAAACAACAACUGAACCAUCAACUGAUCCAACAACUGAAACAACAACUGAACCAACAACUGAACCAACAACCGAACCAACAACCGAACCAACAACUGAAACAACAACUGAACCAACAACUGAACCAACAACCGAACCAACAACUGAACGAACAAGUGAACCAGCAACUGAACCAGCAACUACUGAAAGUGAUUUAAGAAAUGAAUUGAAGGAGACUAGCCCAAACACUGAAUCAUAUUUGGUAAAUAUUUGA